CUCUGUUUUAAUUUUGUUUACAGAAAGGAAGAUACUACCAAAAUCAUGACAUGCAGCGUUAAACACUGCACCAAGUAUCCCUUAAUUGCUGUUCUACUUUCAUUGUCACCACUCGCUAUAAUCGCAAGUGAAUUUAAAAUUUACCGCUCCCGUUACCAAGGUGAUGAUGAUCUUUUCGUGACGUCAGAGUCAGUGUGCAAGACAAGCAACCUGAGUUGCCAUGACUACUACGCAGAGAAAAUUACAUGUAACAAAUGUUCCUGUAGUCAUGAUAACGAUACGUUUGGAUAUCUCAAGGGUAUGUGGAGGUGCUUUGGAGCAAGAGAACUUCGACAAGAUACAGGUUGUUUUGUACGAGGCGAUGCAUCAGAUCCCCUUCCAGUAGUCUCAACUAAUGACCAUCUACGACUAAAUCUGUCAUUACACGCCGAGUGUAGAUACAUUUAUAAACAGAACACUUACUACAGGACAUGCGAUGGCAAGUGGUCAGCGGCUGGUGGUAUAGGAACGUCUCGAUAUGACCUCUUUGUUAAUAAGGAAACAGAAACAGGGAAUCCUGACAAAUAUCAAUAUUGGAUAACGGUCAAAACCGACGCAGACGCAAKUCGUGCUUUUGCGGGACGAAUUAUGAAAGUGAACUUUGAGUGUAAACAGCCUAACGUGAAGCCCUGGUACGAGUGCUUUGUGUUUAAAGAGGAAUAUGUAUCACAACCUGUAGUAUGUCCAAAGUCGAUGGCGACGGUCAUUCCCUCGGUUAAGUCCGAAAUAUCAACCAGACAAAAUUCUACCAUCCCUCCCCUCCCUGAUACCACRACACCUACUCGUUCGACAAAAGAAAACGUUACUGGACCUACAACUAGUUUCGUCGAAACCUCCAUGACAAGCAACAUAACAUAYUACGGCAACCAAGAUAACGAAGGCACCAGGAUUAAUAAACACAUGAUCAUUGGUGUGUCAGCGGCUGGAGCAGCUCUGCUCGUUGCCUUGGUGAUCACAAUAUGCAUUAUAUGCUGCCGGAAACGUCAGAGAAGAGACAUUUCCAAGUACACCGCAGCCCUUUACGACUCAACACAGGGUUCUGCUGGGAUAUAUGCUGAGACAAGUAUACGACUUCCAUCUUCUUCAAAGUCUUUUACCCUAACCAGUCAUAGUAAUCCAUCAUACGAGCGAGGUCGAGACUUUUCAAUUAAAAUAGCUGAUUCUCAAAAACAAAAACCCAMAGCACCCUCUAGUCCUCCUCGGUURGCCUUAACCAACGAGUCGUUCGAGGAUGACACCACARCAGUCACUUCAAAAAUACAGGAAAUUCCUCGUUGUCCUGUGAAACAGCGUGGAAAUAUGCUGGUGAAAUAUGAGAAUGUGACCAUUUUAUCCGACGUGCGACCAGAGAGUGUUCCAGAUGCAGAGAUGUUUUAUGACAACCCCGGAGCAAACGCCCCCCAGUACCAAGUUCUUGAAAAUCCGGCCGAAGACGCRCCGAGCUAUGGCGAGUAUCCUCUGAGAUUGAAUACCAAUAACUCAGUCAAUCAGUCAACCRAUAAGUCCUCUGAAGACUUCAAUGACGUUAAUGAUUGCAUCGCCGAUGAUGUAGCUGAUGACGGCACGGUUGAACCAAUCUACGCUAACACUCCCGCAAUUGUUUCGAACAACUCACAGGAAAAUAGUUUUUCUUUUGAAGUUCCUGAACAGGAUGAUAACAUUGUGGUUCAAGAGUCAAUUAAUAGAGACGAUGAUGUCUAURCUAACUCAGAGGCUAUGAAAAGUUCCUAUUCAGACGUCCAGUCAGCACAUAAUCACGCGUAUGUUGACGACGAGGACGAUGAGGCGUCGCAUAGUAACGAACCAAUUUACGACAACCAUUCGAUUAUGAAUAAUACUAGUAGCUCGGGGGGCUCGCCCCUGCUAACUAACCAAUCACAUCAAGCUAUUUACCAGGAUUUAAAAAGUGAACAGGCUCAAGAAUCUGACUAUCAGCCGCUGACACCAGUAAUCGAUAGAAAGCCAAAACCAAAGCCAAGACCGAGAGUUAAGCGACAAUAAUACAAAGUCUUGUGCCUAGCACAACCUUUCGACAAGGUUAUUUUGUUAACUUAAAAAAARCAGCUUUGAUUGAAAAGUGGGUGGAAAUCCGAUGUUUGCCCAUACACUGUGGUGAUUUACUAUUGAUAUAAGGUGAUAUAAGGUGAAAAUGCGUCAAACUUUGAAAAUAUUGUACAUAUUAAUAAUUUCAACAAUUGAUGGAAAUGUGAURUUUGGCAGAAGUUCUUUGGUUGUUUUCAUAUUAACUGAUUUUCUGAAAGAUUGAAGAGUCAAUAUGUAGCAUAUUAGCAGAUGAGGUGAAAUGAGYGRCAACAGCUUGAGCAGGAAAGCGAACUGUUGRGAAGAGGUCAAUCGAUCUGUAAAAAUAUAUAUACAAAAUAUUUUAGUGAUUCCACGCGAUUUCCCCCAAUGUGAUUCAUGAYCCUCUCACUACACUGCAGUGCUGCACUGUGCAAUAUUAUUCAAUACUGUCUGAAGUUAAACAUGAUCUAUAGUAGAUAUGAACAUUUCCGCACGUACUACAUCUCACUUGUUUAAACUCCUAGUGUACAGAAGAAAAGGACACAAGAUGAAUGAGAUACCRAAUAUGUUCAUAUUUCUAGUUGAUAUUCAACAUUAAAUAGAAUUGGACAGAACGUAAGAGCAAUAUUUCGGUUUUAUUGCAAAACCAUCAUCACUAGAAGUGUAUAAAACGCAAAAACGCAAAGACAAUACAAUAUGUACUGUAUAGAAAAGGACACAAAUACAAGUUUUAAUUGUAAAAUUCGUCGUCUUCUAUUCUAUAAUCAGUGAGAUUACUAUUUGUUGCCUAAACGAUAUUUCAACUUUACAACAAUUUGACUGUCGUAAGAAUAUAAUCCAAAAAACAAGUUAAGCCAGUUAACGAACGGUAGAGAGCUAACCCUACUUGUCACAUUCCAUACUCCGCGCCUCAAGAACUAUAUGAAAACGCUAAUGAAACAAAGCAAUGUGCUCUAGUAGAGGAAAUGGAUCCAUAUCGAUGGUAYUGUCUUUCUCUGGGAGGAAGCCUUGCUUUUUUAAAUGCAUCUUUUCUAGUCCAUUGGGGCACAUUUUAUCGAUUUCAACAACAUCAGAAUAAGCAAGACGAACGCUCCGAAGGUCUCAGCUUCCAAAGAUCUAAUUCAUUCAUCGAAGACAAAUAAAUCUUGUAAUCGACAAUAGCUGAAUACCAAACAUUGACUCCCAGCUUCGAAAAUCAAAUGUCCUCGUAAAACACAGCACAGCGCCAUUUUCCGGCCACACAGGUAUCCCUCUGCACUACAGAUGCUAUUUGGUUUUGGGAGUCGAGCUUAAUCAAAUACCCUUCAAUACUUCAUUAGUCAUGCAGCUGAAUAGAUGACCUGCGUGGAUAAGACGAGGAGGAAGCCUUUGCGAAUGGUUUAGAAACUGUCUUCCUGGUGGGAGUCUCUGCAAAGUUAAAAAAAAACAAAGAGAAGAGGGAAAGGGGAAGUCACUGACAUGGCCAACAGUCGAAAAGAUGAGGGUGGGACGAAAGGACAUCCAGAAGGAUAAGACAGGUUGUUGUCAUACGGUACUAUAAGAAUGUUGUGGUUAUGAUACACAUGAUGUUAUGGUGUGACAAACUGGUGAUCAGCACCAGAGAACUACCAAGUGACACCAGUCAAUCUGUGAUGUCACGAAAGAUGAGGAAACGGCAAAAGCUUGACGUGCUCUAGGCUUGAUAAAGAAACACUAUAUUUUUAUCAAUGAUAUAGAGCUAAGUACUGCUGUUCUUUUUUUCAUUUACAUUUUCAUAAAAAAAUUUAUGUAAA